AUGAGCAGUGACGGCAAGGGAGGCAUUCGCAUUGUAGCAACACCAGAACAGGCGUUUCAGCAGGCGUCCAGAAUGCUUGGCCAUUACCUGACUACACAGCAGACGCCACCAAAUGGCCUGCUGGUCAGAAAACUGUAUAUCUAUAAAGCAGUCGACGUCGAACAGGAGUUCUAUCUUUCGUUGACGUUCGAUCGCGAACGAUACAGUCCGGUUAUCCUCAUCUCUGAUCAGGGUGGUGUGAACAUCGAGUCCAACCAGGACAAGCUGCACAAGUUCUGGUUUAACCUUUCCGAGGGCAUCACUGCCGAAACCAUGGCCAGGAUCCAGAAGCAGUUGUGCUUCUCAGAAAAGGAAAUGCCGACAAUCGAAUCGAUCAUCAGACAGAUGAUCAAGCUUUUUGAGGAGAGGGAUGCCAUCCUUCUGGAAUUGAACCCGCUUGUGCGGACUCCUGAGGGAAGCUUUGUCUGUCUUGAUGCCAAGUUUGAUUUUGAUAACGCCGCCCAGUUCCGUCAACCAGAGAUCUUCAGUAAAGAAGAACGCAUGCCGGGCUUUGAAGACGAAUACGAGGCUCAAAAACAUGGUCUAGUGUAUAUCCGCCUCAACGGCCACAUUGGAAAUAUCGUCAACGGCGCCGGACUGGCAAUGGCAACGAACGAUCUGAUCAAUCUACACGGCGGAAAAUGUGCCAACUUCCUUGACAUAGGAGGCAAAGCCACCACUGAGACACUGCUCAAGGCUUUUGAGAUAUUGAGCCGGGAUCAACGAGUCCGGGGGAUUUUCGUCAACAUCUUCGGAGGUAUUGUUCGUUGUGACAUGAUUGCCGAAUCCAUUAUCCAAGCAGCACACGCACUAGGAGGGUUCAGGGUUCCUGUAGUAGUCCGACUGCAAGGCACUAACUGUGAUGCGGCGAUGAAAAUGCUCUCAACAUCGGAGUUAGACAUCAGCACGGAUACAGACCUUGAGAAGGCAGCUGAGAGAAUAAUUGGGCUCACAUGGAGUUAA